AUGCUUGUUGAAAACCCUCGCCAAUGGCACGAGACAUUGUAUGAAACGUUGUGGGCCUAUCGCACUUCAAAGCGAACUCCUACUGCCACAAGGCCCUAUGCACUCAUGUUUGGUCAUGACGCGGUUUUAUCUUUGGAGAUCAAUGCUCACUCCCUACGCGUCCAAGAUCAACAUCAUUUGAUUGGUGAAGACUACGUCCAGGCCAUGUGGCAGGAGCACGAAGACCUUAGCGGACAGCGCUUAGAGGCUUUGGACAACUUAGUGAUGGAGAAGCAACGCAUCGCUCGCGCCUACGAUAAGAGAACUCGCGGCCGCAGUUACAAAGAGGGCGAGCUCGUUUGGAAGGCAGUCCUUCCAUUUGGUGAGAAGUUGACCGGUUGUGGUAAAUGGACCCCGCGCUGCGAAGGGCCCUUUGUGAUUUAUCGAAUUCUGGAACGUGGGGCUUUUCACCUCAAAGAUUUGGAUGGCGACCUCCACCGCAACCCUAUCAAUGGUAGGUUCUUAAAGAAAUACUACCCCAGCGUUUGGGAAUUUGAAGAUCCCCCAGAUUCUUCCGUUGCUGGGACAGGGGGGCAAACAUAG